UUAAUUUUUUGUAAUCAUAUAUGAAAACAUUAUUGAAGUUGAUACUCUCAGUCGUUACAAACAAGUGAAUCAAAUAACAAGCUUCAUAAUGAAACUGGUGAUUCUUAGUGGUUUUUUGUUUAUUCUGAUUGCGCAAUGUUACGGAUAUUCACAGCCGGUUAUUCCUAAUACAAGAGAAGAAGGUUGUGUUGAUGGAAUUUGUGCAUCACAUUGUGCUUAUGACGGUGUAAAGAUUUUCCCGAGUGACAGCUUGAAUCGACCAGGAAAAUGCCAAUUGAUGCAUUGCGCUAGUAACUUUGAUAUCAAAAUCACGCCUUGCCCAUUUGAUAUGACUGGAGAAUAUGAAUGGGUUGGAAAAGACAACACCAAGCUUUACCCCGAAUGUUGUGGAACAAAAACCAAGCGCAAGCAUUAAUUUUGGAAUAUCUAUGUAUGAUUAUUUAAAGUUCUUCAAAAUAAAAAUAUUCGCUUACAUAAAAACCUU